UCUGGUAUGAUCUGACUGGGUUUAUUGAUUAAAUAUAACUGUUGUUGAUUAAUAAUGGUUGUUUUGUUUCAUAUCUCUUGGCCUUUAUGGCACACCAAGUCUGCAACCUGCUUCCUGCACUUGGAGCAUGGAUGCAUGCGUUGUGCUUGCAUUUACAUCACCUGUGCCUCAUUUUAAUACUCUGUUGCCUUGUGUGACAGCCGAAUAUGUGUAGAGAUUAAAUUGGGAUGUCAGCAUCUAGAGGAAUUUGAAUGCACUAUUUUAGUCGAUGCGGUCAGCUUGGAGUAUAUAUCUAUCACAUGCUGCAGAAUCCAGCUAGUCCUUAUAUAGACUAAGGUUUCGGGUUUUAAUAAUGCACAAUUGAGUAGUUAAUUAACUGCUAGACAAAGGACUGGUAUGCGCAAUUGGUAUGCUUUUGCCACAUUUCAUAUUCACAAGUAGUGGAAACACACAUGCACGUAUUUUUUCCGAAAAGGACGAUAACACUCUGAGCCUCUGCACGAAGAGAUACGCACAUCCAUGUAUUAUCUGAUUAUUUCAGAAUGUCAAUGCAAAUACAUGCAUGUAUAUAUGCUACUUGGUUGAUUUUAACAGCAGAUGCUCUUUAACUUCGCAUCGCUUGGUUUGAUAUGAAUUAAUGUUUUUUGCUUAAAAAUAUGAGCACUGUAAAUUUAGUUAUGUGUGUGUGGUUGAUCUUAUUGGCCUGUGGCAUAUAAUGCCAUCAGCCCAUCAUUAGAAACCACAUGAGUAUAUCUUGACAUAAAUUGAAAGUAGAACUUUUAUAAUUUGAUCACUAUCUUGAACACAUCAAAGUGCCCUUUGAGUCUCUAGCCAAGUUACUUAACCAUGCAUGCAUUAUGAGUUUUUUUUUUGUUUGAGAACCAUGCAUUAUGAGCUAGUACAUAGGGACGCACAGCCUUUCCAGCCUCUCUAUCAUAUCAGUUCCUUUUGUCGGCUGAAAUGAUGAAAAUCUCCAUCAUAUACACUUUACCGGGUCACCCCUCAGUCCAUGCCCCAUCGAUCAGCAUCUCUUUCGCUAACGUCUAUCAUGACCUCUCUCCUUCCUUACGGAGAGCAAGCAAGCAUAGCUAGCUGUAGGAGGCAGUUGUGCUUGUCUCCUGCACUGCCACUGUACCAUGUGCUCCUGAUUUUCACACUCCCAAGCAUGCACGCAUGCAUGCAUGCAGCACACUUCCAACCUUCUCCGUCAUCUCUCUCCCCUUAUGAGUUGCAUGCUCCUUGUGAGUCAUGAUGCACGGGGAGACAUUUCCCCUCCUACUCUGAUAAUUCGCACCGAAAUAAAUGUUCUGGGUGGUUUUUUCUGCGUGAGUGAUCAGAGCAUGCAGCUGCGGUUGCGUUUGUGGUUGAUCAGAUCAGAUGAUUCAGAUCCAUAUCAAUUGCCCCUCUGCCUCUGGUGGCCGGCCCUAUCAGGGGGUUGCGCCAAUGUCUGUUGGAAUCUCGCAAGCAACAGGUAGAAGAAGACAAGGGCAACUCCAUUGGCCUUGACCAGGGGGAAAGCCUGCCCUGCCAUUUGCUGAAAUAGUGGCGAGCAUGGACAAGCCACUUGGCAGCGCGUACACUAGCGGAGCUAGCCAGACUGAUCGAUGUGUGGUGUGGUGGCCAUUUUGUUAGGAAACAUCCAUGCACGUCUCUCCAACUCUCCUCUCCUUGCUACGUACAUGGUCAUAUCUCAUGCACAGCUACCUAGAUCCUCCAACUUCAAGACUUGGAUUUUAUUUUUUUUCUCCAUAACAGCCGUGGCAGAAUAAUAUACGUAUGACAUGAUCCCCCUCCACCCAAGAAUCCGCGGACAUGUACGAACUCUGAACCAUCAUUUGUCCGUGCAUGGAGCUUUGUCUCCCCAAAUUAUUCGGACUACAGAUGUUAUAUGAUUGAUGGGGAUGGAGCGAGAGAGAAAAAAAGAAAAAAAAGGUGCUCCGGAGCGAGGGCCAAGUCCGACGUGGUGUGCAUUCCAGACACGUCCCGAUCCCCCAUUUGCCCCGAAAUAUGAGCUGAAUUCGGGUGUUUUUGCAAACAGCUCGGACACAUAGGAUGAUUUGGAGGUCCGGCUGUGUGUUGUUUUUUCUCUCUCUCCUCUUGGGACAAUAUUUAAGGGCGAGUUUGGUUGCCUGCAUCGAAUCCAAUCAGGCCUGUGCAGUGCAGCAUCUUUUUAAACCUUGGUUAUUUGGUUUCUUGCAUAUACUGUUAAGCCUGCAUAGCACGAUUCUUAAAACCCCUGAGCCUGGCCGGUUUGAAACAGCCGAAUCGGCGGUUCUUGAGAGCCAGGCCCGAGCGAUGCUUCGAAGCGUACGCGGUGGCUCUCUGGAAACCUGUCUGCAGUUAAUCCCCCGUCCCUAAUCCUAUCAAUCCCCUCUCUCUCUCCUUCUGCUCCAGUCGAUCCCGUCGGCCGCAGCGCCGCCCUCGUCCGCGGAGUCAGCGACGCUGUUGAUCAAGAAGUGCCUUCUUCCAGCGGUGGGGCCGGCCACUUCUCCGCCGGUGUCCCCAGGCUUCCCACGGGCCCAGGCUCGCCGCCUCGGGCGCGACUGUGGUGCCCCGACUCUAGAGGCCAAGAAACGCGGCGACGAAGCCCCCCGCCCUUCUGCUCGUGGCGAGCACCAGCGGUUCCUGCCUACAACCGCGAGCCCCGGGCUCGCUCCCUCCGCCUUCCACGCGCUCCAAGGUGGCGCCGACCGUGGCGCUCCGGUCCAAGAAGCCGGCGACUUUGUCGCGCUCCAGGACGCCGCCGACCGUGGCGCUCCGGUCCAAGAAGCCGGCGACUUCGCCGCGCUCCAAGACACCGCCGACCGCAGCACUCCGGUCCAAGAAGUCGGUGCCUUAGUCGCGCUCCAGGAUGCCGCAGACCGUCGCGCUCCGGUCCAAGAAGCCGGCGCCUUAGUCACGCUCCAGGACGCCGCCGACCGUGCCGCUCCGAUGCAACAAGGUGACGCCUUCGUCGCUCUCCAGAAUGCUGCUCGUGGCCCUGUUGGUCUUGUCCGAGGCCCCAGCGAGCCCCCCGGCAACGCCCACGAGACCAACCAGACGAGCGCCAGGAGCCGCGCCGGGUAGCGUCGCCUCGGCGAGCCUCGACCUAGUGAGCCGCACCGUGUCCGGGAGCCCCGGCACAAGGAACGGCUCCGUGGGCGACGCGAGGAGCAGCGAGGCCCGCGACCAUCGUCGUCUGCGAUGCCUGCAGCAACUCCAUCAAGCGCGACUGGACUCAUCGCCUCGCUGGUCAAGGAGGACGGCCAUGUCUACUCGCUGGCGGCGACCGGGGAUGUUCUUUACAUCGGAACCUGGCGGUGUUGGCGUGCGUGAGGGCGAGCUCGAGGAGCAGCGAGGCGCCGGGGAGUCGGGCGCGGCCACGGUGCCGCGCAUGGAGGAGUCCAGGUGCCGGGCGCGUCCAUGGUCACCGGGACCUGGCGGUGGGCAUGAUGGCAGAGGAAGCUCCAGCGCACUCAACGUGUUUGACGAAAUGAGAAGCCAAACCUGGUGGCUGAGGUCAGAGUCACCAGCUGGAGAGCAGGGCCAUCACGAUGCUUGGGGGACACAAGCGGCAGCGGCAGCGGGAGCAGCAACAACAACAAUGGUGCCGCCUUACCUGACGACCUCCGAACCUCAUGAUAAUGAACACAUGAUGCCGGAGAGCGGAAUGGCACGGCCAGCAGCCCCACGCCGUGGAAGGCCGUCACCGAACAACACCAGCAGCAGCGGCAGUGACGACGUCGACGAGACCGAGAGCUUCGGAUGGCUGGCGUUGACGCGGCGGCGCUACGAUGACGGCGGCGAUGGGGACUGUGCAGGCGACCGUGAGCUGCAAGGCGCGGCCAUGGUUAUGGAUCCGAGCCUGGAGAUGAGGCUGGGGAGGCAGGGGUGGGAGCAGAUGGAGCCCUCGGCGUCGGCCUCCAAAGAGCUAACCCCGAUCCUCAAGUGCUUGUGAAAUGAUUAUAAUAAGUACUCGUGGGAUUAAUAUGUUGUUGAUUAACUAUUACUGUACUCAACAAAAGCAAGAGCAACCGUGUGAACUCAAAGCUAGCUAGCGAGCUAGUCCUCUGAUCGUUUUCACUGAGUUUUAACAGUUUUGCUAGAACUCAUCUAAAUGAGAUUUAAUUUGGUCUCAUUCAUCUUUU